AUGUUGACUUCCUCAUCAUCAAGUUCAAACCUCAACAUUAUUAAUGACUUCACCAUCUUCUUCUUCAUAUGUUCACUGACCACAUCCUACGUUGCCCUAGCCGGGAGCUCGCCUCAAGACUGGCUGGAUGCUCACAACAAGGCUCGAGCCGAGGUGGGCGUGCCGCCGAUCACGUGGGACGACAAAGUGGCGGCCUACGCUCGGAGCUACGCCAACAAGAGGGUCGGCGACUGCGCAUUGGAACACUCCGGGGGACCCUACGGCGAGAACCUGGCUGAGAAUUUCGGUGACAUGGACGGCACCGACGCCGUCAACUUCUGGGUGUCGGAGAAGCCCAACUAUGAGUAUGAGUCAAACAAGUGCGUAAACGACGAGUGUGGACAUUAUACGCAGGUCGUUUGGCAGGAUUCUGUUCGUCUUGGGUGUGCUAAGGCUAAGUGCAACAAUGGAUGGAUGUUUGUGAUUUGUAGCUAUGAUCCGCCAGGCAACAUUGAAGGCCAGCGGCCAUAUAAUAGAGGCAUGAUUAUUAAUCACUAUUAA